UGUGCAAUGGUUUCUUUACGAUGGCUUUCAGUACGCAUUUCUGGGGUCCUGUUGCCAACUGGGGUAUUCCGCUCGCUGCCUUAGCUGAUAUGAAAAGAGAUCCUGAGAUUAUCAGCCCUCGGAUGACAGCAGCUCUAUGUGUGUAUUCUGCUCUCUUCAUGCGAUUUGCUUACAUGGUAAAUCCCCGUAACUGGCUACUCUUUGCCUGCCAUGUCACCAAUGAGGGUGCUCAACUAGUACAACUUGGCAGAUAUGUCAACUAUGCAAGGAGUAAAAAGCCAUCAAAGUGAAAGACACGUCUUCUCAAGUAGGCUAUAUUUUUAGAUAAAUGAUACCUUCUGAAAAUAUUUUAUAUAUUAUAAAUACAUGAAUUACACAGACUAAAUUUAUACUCCUUCACUAUUUCAUUGUUAUUGGAGUCUGGUUGUCAGAUAAGAGGUGUUGUGUUUAAAUGCAAUAAAAAUUUAAUUUAUCUUGUAUUUAUCCACUAUUUAUCCACUAUUUUGGUGUGCCAUCUCGUGAGAAAACUAUUUUUGUAGGGUAGCUUAUUAUAGUGGUAGUUCAGAGUGGCAUAAUGUCCCUUCUGAAAUGUAAACUUGGAAUGUAAUAAUUUACAAACUUUGUAUAGCUGUAAAGAUCUAUUUUUACAUAGAGAGUGAGAUUUCCAAGGAUUUCCCCAUUAGUGUUGUAAAUUAAUCUGUGGGAUCUUCACAGGGUAUGUAUUUCUAAAUAUCAUUCCACUAGAUGCCUGAAUAAACAUGUAACAACACUCACUGAGUUUUUCACUCUUGGUACCAGUUACAAGAAAACAGAAAAGCAUAAUUGCAUUCAAAUAAUUCUUUAUGAAAGACACCUUUGAUAAUUGGUGUUUUGCCACUCUCAUCUUAAAGUUUGCAUCCAAAUGCUGCUCUUACAAAUUCUGGGGCCCUAGAUUUAAAACAAAUUGUAUAAUAUUUUUGUUUAAGAUUUAAGUUUUAUUCAUUAAAGUGCAGGACCUUGUGUUUUUUUUGUUUAUGUUGGUGAUAAAAAGAGUCCAGGAAAAUGUGUGCAUACACUAGGGGUCCAUCAUUUAUUUAGUUGGUUUUCUAUGCAGUAGUAGGCAAUGAUGUGCAUUUGUGAUAAAAAGGCCUGGUCCCACUGGCCGACGGAUACAAAACGUAUUCAUAACGGAUACAGUGGACAAGCGAAAUUUCGGGGUGGCUCUAUCCGUUUUCAUCUGCUCCAGACAUUGGACAAAAUGGGCGAACAAUGAAAUCACAGUGGACGGAUGCUUUGAUGGAUAUAGUGUUUGAAACACAUAUGCAAAGUGUACACAACGGAUACGUAACAUUUUCCAACGGAUGGCAAGAUUCUUUUCCGUUUUACAUCCUCUCUGCUUCUGUAAGUGCAGUCGGAUCGGGCCUUUAUAGGGUUAUGAUUUGGAAAAUAGCAUAAUGACAGCACCAGGGAAGAGAUGGACACAAAAGGUAGACACCUUCACUGUAUCUAUGCUAUUAGUAUUCUUUAUACUAUACUUAAUAAGUAUGUAGAAGUCCACUUUGUAAAAAAAGGGAGUCACAUGAUAAAUUGUAGACUUGCCCAUCAAGCACAAGACGGUGUUGUGCAUUUUGAUGAUCUCUCAAUUUAACAGCUUUGAUUUCUUACAGUGAAUCUUGGUGUGUGCAAAUUAAAGUCUGUUUAUGUCUACUACUGUUUAUACUAUAUUUUUGUUCACUGUACUUUGUACUUGUUUUAUUUUUUUGAAAGUUUAUAGAGAAAUGAUGGUACAUCAGUAUUCAUGUAUUCAAAUAUUGUACAGCUGCAGAAUGCAGUGUUGCUCUUUACUCUAUAUUAUAAAAGUAUACUAAAAGGGCAUACUAUUAUUACUAUGCUACUGGCUGAAAAGGGGUUUAUUGCCCCUGUGAUCAAUCUGGUGGGAUAACUUGUCAAGUCAUGAGAUUUGACUGAGAAAUUAUGUGGUUCAAUUCGAAAUAAAGAUUAUUUAAAGGAAAUAA